AUUCCAGAAGAGACGGUCGUCAAAAUGUCUGAAAAUACAACUAAUAAACAAAUAUGUGAGCAAUUGAAGAAAGAACGCGCGAAAUGUAAGGAUGUGAAUGAAGAUUUGAAAAAGGAACGAGCGAGUUGCGAUUUUACCAUGGAAGAGGUGACGAAUAUUCUGGAUGGCGGCAAGGAACAGACUGUGCGGAGGAGAAAACUUGAGAACUUAGCAUUAAACAGUGGAGCGUCCAUAGACAAGAUUCCCGAUGAAUGCCUGGACUUGCGGGCGAAAUACGAGAACGCGGUGCGGAAAUCGUGCGACUACUACAACAUUGUAAAAGAUGAGCUGGCAGCUAUGAGUGGGAUUGAAUCUUAUGGAUCCCAAAUAAUCCGCCGUACAGUAGACGGGUUCUUCAAGGACAUAUCUCCGUUCUACCUGCACGUGGGGAUGUUCGUGACGACGGUGAUGGGGCAGUGCACCCCGGAGCAGCAGGCGCGCUGGCUGCCGAAGGCGCUGACCAUGCAAGUGCUGGGGGCUUAUGGACAGACGGAGUUGGGUCACGGCACCAACAUCCGUGGUCUGGAGACGACGGCGACGUACGACCCGGAAACCGAGGAGUUCAUCAUGAACACGCCCACGCUCACCUCCUACAAGUGGUGGGCGGGCACUCUGGGCAAAACCGCCAACCACUGCGUGGUACUAGCUCAGUUGUGGACCCAGGGCAAAUGCCACGGCAUCUAUCCCUUCAUAGUCCAGAUCCGAGACCUGGACACCCAUCAGCCCCUCCCCGGGGUGCACGUGGGGGACGUGGGUCCCCGCAUGGGUUACACCACAGCUGAUAACGGGUUCCUGGGUAUGAAGAAUGUGAGAAUACCCAGGGAGAAUAUGCCGAUGAAGAACGCCCAAGUACUUAAGGACGGUACAUUCGUGAAGAAAGACCGUCACGGCAAACUCACAUACGGGACGAUGGUGUUCGUGCGAGUGACUCUGGUCAGUGACGCGGCGUUCUACGUCGCUAAGGCCGCUACUAUAGCUGUGAGAUACUCUGCCGUGAGACGACAGUGCCAGGCUAAGGAGAAUGAACCCGAGCUCCAAAUCCUGGACUACCGGACGCAGCAGCACAAGCUGUUCAUCUGUAUCGCGACAGCUCACGCGCUGCAGCUCGCAGCGAGAUGGCUGUGGAAGACAUUCACUGAUGUGCUGGCUGAUCUCAGAGAGGGAAAUGUAGAGAAAUUACCUGAGUUACACGCGCUAUCCAGCUGCCUCAAAUCCGUCAGCACCUCCGACGCCUCCACCUGCGUGGAACAAUGUCGGUACGCGUGCGGCGGGCACGGGUAUAUGAUGUCCUCAAACCUGCCCUACAUAUACGGCCACGCGGUCGCCAUACGGACCUACGAGGGGGACUAUACGGUGCUGCUGCUGCAAGGUGCCAGGUAUUUAGUGAAAGCCUGGGAGCAGAUGGAAGCUGGUAACCGUCUCACGCCGACAGUAGCAUACCUGAGCAACGCCGUGAGCAACCAGCAGGCGAAGUGGGAGAACACGCCGGAGGGAAUCAUCAGAGCUUUCCAGGCUGUUGCUGCUGCGAAAAUCCAGUUUUGCGUGCAAAGCAUUCGCGAUCUUAUGAAGUCCGGCAAAUGUUACGAAGACGCCUGGCAGCUGACGACCCUGCAGUUGGUAGAGGCGGCAGAGGUCCAUUGUCGUGCCGUGAUGCUAGACACAUACUGGAAGGAGAAUCUCCGACUGACUGCGAGCUGUAGCGACAACGUCAAGAGGGUUCUACGCCAGUUGACUAGUCUGUACAUUAUAUACUGGGCACUGGACAGAGCGGGCGAUUUGUUGAGGUACACAUGUUUAUCGGAAAAGAACGUCAAUAUACUGGAGAGGCAAUACGAGGAACUACUGGCGGCGCUCAGACCAAACGCCGUGGGACUCGUAGAUGCUUUCGACAUCAGGGAUGAGAUCCUCAACUCGAGUCUGGGCGCGUACGACGGCCACGUGUACAUCCGCCUGAUGGAGGAGGCGAUGAAGAGUCCGCUCAACGUGCAGGAGGUGGAUCCCAGCUUCCACAAGUACAUACGACCGCUGGCUAAGGGGAAACUGUGA